UCAAGUUAUUGUCAUGACGAUGGUUGAUAAGGCCUGUAAUGAAGUCAAAAUGGACAGGAGGGUGAUCUACAGAAGCAGGAAGAUCAAAGACAAGAUGCAGGAGUGCUCUAACAAGUUGGGUGUCCCCAUGAACUGUGUCUACCCGGUGAAGAACUAUCAUGAGGAGAUGGAGUUAGAUGAUGACAUCGAUAUUUUGCUCCUCUCUGCUUUAAAACCCAUCCUUGACUUCAGCAAUGACUAUGUGGGAGAACAUGCCAAUGAUGAAGGAUGCAACCCCCCUGAAGUGUCUCCUGAAAACUGGAGGGUGAUUGAUGUGUCAAAAAAAAUGGAGAUGAUUGAAGAAGUGAGGAACCUGAAACUCCGCCACCCAAAGGUGGAGCACCUGCGUAUCCUGGUGGUCGGACCAAUUGGGGCAGGCAAGUCCACCCUCAUCAACUCCAUUGGCAGCCUCUUCCAGGGUCGUCUUUACCAAGGGGCGCUGGCAGACACUGCCGGUGACACAGGCUUCACCCAGAAGUUACAGACUCAGAAAAUCAGAGAUGGCGAAAGUGAGAAAUUCCUGCCUUUUGUCAUCAGUGACAUCAUGGGACUGGAAGGAAGCGCGUCUGCUGCAGGGGUUCGCGUGGAUGACAUCAUCAUGGUCCUGCAGGGACACGUCAGGGAUGGCUACCGUUUUAUCCAAUCAGAACCAAUAAACAAGGCAGACAUCAGAAGCUACCGCAAAAAGCCUGAUCUGAACAAGAAGGUCCACUGCGUGGUCUUCAUCUUCCCUGCAGACAAGACGGCCAUGAUGGAACAUGAUGAAGAUGGUAUCAUUGCUAAAAUGCGAGAAGUCAGGAAGGGAGCCGCUGAGCUGAAAAUCCCUCAAGUUGUUGUCAUGACGAUGGUUGAUAAGGCCUGUCCUGAGGUGAGGAAGGACCUGAAGAUGAUCUACAGCAGCAAGAAGAUCAAAGAAAAGAUGCAGGAGUGUUCUAAGCAGCUGGGUGUCCCCAUGAACUAUGUGUAUCCAGUGAAGAACUACCAUGAGGAGACUGAGCUGCGUGAUGACGUCGACGUGCUGCUCCUCUCUGCGCUGAAACAGAUUCUUACCUUCGCCAAUGACCAUGUGCAGGAACUGGACAACAGUCCAACUUUCAAUCCCUUGAAAAGAUUGAGUACCAUCUUUUAGAUCUUAUAUCCUCUCCUCUCACUUUUGAACAGGCACUGUAUAUGUAAUGUAUUUCCAUUUCUAUUUUGAUGAUGACUAUUUCAGCCGGUUCGAUGACACAUUUUCCACAGCAGCAUAUUGUGUACGUACAUAACAUAUAAUCCUGCAUCAUUGGCUAUAAUCUGUUUACUAUUACCAGUAACAUAGGAUUUAAGAGGCAUUGCUCGAUGAAUUACAAGUUUUGCUACAUAGGCUGUAUUAAAAAAGAAACUGACUCAGCAGCUACAAUACUGUAUGUGCGUUUGUUAGAUGUAGCGCAGUUGAUGCGCCU